AUGCCAAACGAUACCGAAAACAUCUGGAAACUUCUACCGACGCUUACUAAGACACUUUUCAUUGGAUUCCCCUUCAAUUUACCCCUUACUGAAUCCAGAGCUCUGAGAAUCGUCUGGCUCUUGGAAGAGUUGGAACUCGACUUCCUGUUGAAGGUCUACCACAGAGUCAAGGGUGUUCUUGCACCAAAGGAAUUGUUGGAUGUCUUCCCUACUGGUAUGUCUCCAGUGUUGCAGAUCUUCAAGGAAGGUGCUUCGGAGCCACUUACUUUGGCUGAGAGUGGUCACAUCGUUCAGUAUGUGAUUCAGCACUACGAUACCAAGGGUAAGUUGACUCCAGAGUCCGAUGCCGACAAGGAGAAGGUUGACUACUUCUUGCACUUUGCCGAAGGUAGUUUGCAACCACACCUUGUUUCUAUGUUGGUCGGUCAGGUUGCUUCCCAGAGAGCACCAUGGCCUACCAACUACCUUGUCAAGGGUAUUAUGGGUAAAAUCAAUUCUGAAUACUACGUGAAGAGACUCAAGACGAACCUUAAGUUCUUGGACGACACUUUGCAGAAGAAGGGUGGUGGAUUCUUUGUCGGUGACAAGUUGACCGGUGCUGACAUCAUCCUUGAGUUCCCUGUUGGCCAGAACAUCUUUGGCGACGAACAGAGAGCCAAGCAAUUGGGUUUGGAUGUCUCUCCAAGAGAAGCUUUCCCUCACUUGUACGAGUGGAGCAAGCUCGUUGCUGGCGAACCUCUCAGAAAGAAGGCUGUUGCUACUGAAAAGGCCAAUUUGUAG